GCCUCCGUUAUGACGCAAUGCACUCUCCGCCCCGCCCCUUGCCCAGCUUCCCGAGGAUUUUGUAAAGCGUCACGUCGCUCUGCAGUUCAGUCGGUUUCUGCACGGAAGCUCGGCAUCCUCCACCGCCGACCUCUUCUCUUAACUUCGCACGUCCUCCCACAAGCCAGCCACCAUGACUCACCAGUUCCCCGCGCUGACUCCUGCCCAGAAGAAGGAGCUGCAGGACAUCGCCCUGAGGAUCGUGGCCCCCGGCAAGGGCAUCCUGGCUGCCGAUGAGUCCACCGGCAGCAUGGCGAAGCGCUUCACUCCCAUCGGCGUGGACAACACGGAGGAGAACCGCCGGCGUUACCGCCAGCUGCUGUUCACGGCCGACGAGCGCAUCGACAGCUACAUCGGCGGCGUCAUCUUCUUCCACGAGACGCUCUACCAGAGCACCGACGACGGCACGCCCUUCUCCAAGCUCAUCAAGGACCGCGGCAUCGUCGUCGGCAUCAAGGUGGACAAAGGCGUUGUUCCCCUGGCCGGAACCAAUGGCGAGACCACCACUCAAGGUCUGGACGGGCUGUCGGAGCGCUGCGCCCAGUACAAGAAGGACGGCGCGGACUUUGCCAAGUGGCGCUGCGUGCUGAAGAUCAGUGAGACCACGCCCUCCGAGCUGGCCAUCUUUGAGAACGCCAACGUGCUAGCGCGCUAUGCUAGCAUUUGCCAGCAGAACGGCAUCGUUCCUAUUGUGGAGCCAGAGAUCCUCCCCGAUGGAGACCACGACCUGAAGCGCUGUCAGUACGUCACCGAGAAGGUCCUCGCCGCCGUGUACAAGGCUCUGUCGGACCACCACGUUUACCUGGAGGGCACGCUGCUCAAGCCCAACAUGGUCACUGCCGGACACGCCUGCCCCAGCAAGUACAGCGGCGAAGAGAUCGCCAUGGCAACCGUCACUGCCCUGCGGCGCACCGUGCCACCCGCCGUCACCGGCGUCACCUUCCUGUCGGGCGGCCAGUCCGAGGAGGAGGCCAGCGUCAACCUCAACGCCAUCAAUACCUGCCCCCUGGCCAAGCCCUGGGCGCUCACCUUCUCCUACGGCCGCGCCCUGCAGGCCUCGGCCCUGCAGGCAUGGAAAGGGCAACUCAGCAACGAGAAGGCCGCCACCGAGGAAUUCAUCAAGCGUGCUGAGGCAAACGGCUUGGCCGCCCUCGGCAAGUACGAGUCCUCCGGCAGCGGCGGCGCAGCGGGACAGUCCCUCUACGUGGCCAAUCACGCCUACUAAAAAGGAAUCACGUGACCUAGUUAGACUUAUAUCUGCUCUGCUAUUAAAACCUGAAACCCUUCCUCCCCACGCACUUCCUCCAUUCACGCAUCGCAGUGAUUAAAACUUUAGGUGUUUAAAAGCAAAGGGGCACAUUGAAAGGGAGCUGCUGUAUUUUUAUGAUCGAAUAAAUCAAAACGGUUGAAAAUAUUUUGGGUGGAAAGGACCCC